CUACACUGAGUUCAAAGUCGACGGUUUAGGCCAGAGGAAGAACGAAAGCAAGAAGACAGCGAAGUGGAGGAAAGAGGAGCGUCUUCAUAUCUAAACAUCGCACUGAGAGCGGCGUCCUGCGCCGGUGAGCUCCCGCCAUGGCCUCCCAGCCGCCGCCGCAGGCGGUGUCGACCAACCCCGCAGCGCACCAGGCGGCGGUCCUGCAGCCCCAGCAGCCGCCGCUCGGCCCUCAGCAGCAGCAGCAGCAGCAGCAGCAGCAGGACUUCGACCCGGUCCACAGGUUUAAGAUGCUGAUCCCGCAGCUGAAGGAGAGCCUGCAGAGCGUCAUGAGCGUCGCGUCGCAGAACUUCGCCCACAACACGUCCAUCGACAACGGAGUGAAUGCACGCAUGUAUAUCGAUGGCGCGGACUUAACAGCUGCAAAUGUGACAAACCAGCAAUGCAUAAAAAGUAACGAUGGCACAGUUCAGCGAUUCGACAAGAGUUUAGAAGAGUUCUACGCCCUCUGUGAUCAGCUGGAGCUCUGUUUGCGGCUCGCCCACGAAUGCCUCUCCCAGAGCAUCGACAGCGCCAAACACUCUCCAAACCUGGUGCCUACAGCUACCAAGCCAGACACCGUGCAGACAGAAUCUCUGUCGUAUUCUCAGUAUCUCAGCAUGAUAAAGUCCCAGAUUUCCUGCGCUAAAGACAUCCACAAUGCUCUUCUGGAAUGUUCCAAGAAGAUUGCUGGAAAGACGCAACAAGCGAUUCUGUAAAGGAGCUAAAUACUGUUAGCAACUUCAUGAGAGUCGACAUGGUUUUAGGUGGAAUCUGUAUAUAAACACCAAAUAAAGACACUGAAUAUUGCCGUAUGUAAUGAAUAUGAAUAUUGCUGUAUGUAAUGCUGAACGUAUAAUAAACGCUCAUGCUUUCGGUAGA